AAAAAUGUCGCUCCUGCCCUUUCACUUUUUCUUCUCCCUCGAUUCCCCUCUUCUCCCUCAGGCCGCCGCCGCGCAGGCCCGACCGGCGCCCGGCCGCCGCCCAGCCGGGGCACCGUGCCGCCGUCGCCUCGGCCCGGUCGUCGUCGUCCUGAUCCUCGUCGUCGGUGCGCUGUUCCUCAUCCUCGGCCCGACCGGCUCCUCCAGCUUCACCAUGCCGCGGAUCCGCACGGAGUUCAACGAACCCGUCCACGUUGCGGUGGCGGCUCCGCCUCCGCCGCCGACGCAGAUGCAAGCCGGCGUCAACACGAGCGGCGAGGAGGACAGUGGCCUCCUGCCGACAACCUCCGCCUCCGCCCUGACGGCGCGCUCGUCGUGCUCCACGUCCAGCCGCCGCCGAGCAUCGCCGCCGGGCUCAACCCCGGACCCAUCCCCUUCGGCGGCCCGAGUAUAAAAACAAAUGAACAGUGGCCAGAAUUUCGAAUUUGAGCUCCAAAAAAAAUAUUAAUGGAUUUGGUGCCUGCGUCAGGUUUCAGGCUUGGAUUUGUCCGGACGAGCUCUCUACGACUGAUGAUCGGCUGGCUCCGGCGGCAUACGAUGGAAGAAUCUUGGCGACUAAUGUCCUCUGCAUUGUGAUUUUUUGGACGAUGAGUGUGUGUUUGUAACGGUGAUGGCAUGACCAAUUACACGUGUACAGUAAAAUAUUUACUGACUAUAUAUCAGGCCUGAUGACUGCUCCCUCCGUCCCACAAAAAUUCGAUUCCUAGGGUCGAUCGUUUGUCCCACAAUAAAUCGAUUUCUAUGCCAGAGAUUGAGAAACACUAAUUGCAUCUUUAUCAUUUGCCCUGUGUUGUCUUGUCCACCACCCACCAGGUGAAUUAAAAAGAAAUGAAAUCACCGUAUCAUCUCCAGUGAAGGGAGGCUUUCAGGAA